GUUUUUGCUUAUAGAAACAAUAACAACAAUGAAAUAUAAAUACUGAAGAAAUUACAAAAAUAAAAAUCAAAGAAUUAUAUAUUAUACGUCAAAUAUUACAAAUAAAUAUGUCCGCUCAACAAAACGAACUCGACAAAGAAACAAAGGACAAUCAAUUGGCCGGCAAAAUGAAAGAAAUGUGCUACAUUUUUAAUACUUUCUCCGAUCAUUCGCUAGAAUGGCUCUAUCAGAGUUUCAGCGUCAAGCAAAAACGGGCUGGAUUAAAGUGCUUUGUGAUAACGGCGAUACUAUUUGAUAUUUAUAUGCUCGUGGUAGGAUUCUCCACAGAUGUCCUCACAAUCAGCACCAUACUGUUCUUCCUCGUUAUCAACAUUCUACUCUUCGUCCUGAGCACGAAAGACCUCAUCAAGAGCAAAGUGUUCUGGGCAGCGUUGCCUCACAUCUGCUGGCACGUUGCCAACAUUCAAAUAAUGGCAACGCUGUUCCUGAAGAGGAACGAGGUAACCUUGAGGGACAGCCUCGGCUGGGUUCUGCUCCUGGACUACUUGAUUUACGUCACGUUGCCCUUGAGACUGCGAUACUGUAUCUUCUUGAGUUUUGGAACUUGUGCAUCGUACGUGAUUGCUUUGGUGGCAUCAUCCAAGUCGGACUUGCACUUAACUCAACAGCAUAUUUCUAAUUUAGUAUUGCUACUAACAUCCAACAUACUCGGCCUCACAUCAUAUCUUGUUGAAGACAAACAACAACGAAGAGCUUUCCUAGAAACCAGACAAUCCCUAGAAGUAAAAUUGGUGAUAGAGGAACAAAGUGCUGAACAGGAAAGGCUUUUACUCUCUGUUCUUCCCGAACACGUAGCUGUACAAAUGAGACAAGACUUGGAUCAGGCAGACAGUCAGUUUAAGAAAAUUUAUAUGAGCCGACAUGAAAAUGUCAGUAUUUUAUACGCAGACAUUGUGGGUUUCACAGCCAUCUCAUCUACAUAUUCCGCACAAGAAUUAGUUAAAAUGCUAAACGAAUUAUUCGCGAGGUUCGAUAAGCUAGCCGAGAAAUACCAGCAGUUAAGGAUCAAAAUUCUUGGUGACUGCUACUACUGCAUUAGUGGAGCUCCAAUUGAAAGACCUGAUCAUGCCGUUCUUUGUGUUCACAUGGGACUAUCUAUGGUUAAAGCGAUAAAGUAUGUUCAGCAAACUGCCAACUCCCCCGUGGACAUGAGGGUGGGAAUUCACACGGGAGCUGUUUUGGCGGGUGUAUUGGGUCAGCGCCAAUGGCAAUUCGACGUCUAUUCGAAAGAUGUCGAACUGGCCAAUAAAAUGGAGAGUAGCGGUAUGGCUGGGAGGGUCCAUAUUUCCGCUACCACAUUAUCAUUCCUGAAUGGAGAAUUCGAAGUGGAACCGGCAUUCGGUGAAAAAAGAGAUGAAACGCUGAGAAUCGCCGGAUUGAAGACCUAUUUCAUCGGGAAGGUGCUCAAACCGUUUGAACCGCCACAAAAGGAAGUACAAAAUGGGGAAACUACCAUUGUCCCAGAUGCAGAUAGCUGUGUUAUAUCCGAACUUAGAACAAUAAUAGACGAUAAAAAUGGUACAGAAAUUGUUAGAUCAAGAGAAGAUUCGGCAGAGUUUAAAUCAAGGUUAAGAAAAGAAUUGGUAAGCCGUGAUGGCCAUAUGGAACUAGCAAAAAAUACCACAUUUAUUACCUUAUCUUUUACGGACCCCCAAAAGGAAAAAUCCUAUUACAGACAUAUAGAGAGCUCUUCAAGUUUCAUAUUGAUGAUGUUUAUAGUCGUUAGAUUAGGAAUAGGAAUAUGUGUUCUAGUAAUUCUACCAAGUGGCUUGUCCAUAGAUGUGACUUAUCUUACAGAAAAUGGAUUGUUUUUUAUGUUAGUAAUAAUGGCUAUAAUAGAAGAAUUUCCAGGAGUUUCUAACUGCUGUAAAGCUUACAAAGAAUCGAUGAUAGUGAGAAUGAUAUUAGCCACACUUUGCGUAUUAACACUUGGAGUGAUAAAUAGUCUAGACACUAUGUCUUGCAUCGAUCUUAAACCGCAGCCAUCCAAUUGCAGCAUCGGCAGCAACGAGUUUGACAUAAACGCCUUCUGUCUCUACCCCUCCUACUUCAGCUACUUUGCCGUUUUGAUUUUAAUAGCUUCGUCGCUCCCGGCAUGUCUGCCAUAUCUCUGGAAAACGUUCCUGAUGAUAGCGGUGACCGCUGGCCAGUGCGGGGUCAACGUGUUUCUGGCAGGAAAUAGUUUGGAUUGCGAAGAGUUGAGGCAACACUGGACGAGCAUAGGUAGAGGAAAAUAUACUCUUUCUGGGCUUCUGUUAGCAGUCACUGCAGCUCUGGUGUUUGUAGCGCGCCAUACAGAGCAAGUUGCUAGAGUACUAUUCCUGUGGAGAUCCCAAGUAGAAGAACAACGCGAUUGUGCUAAAGACUUGAAGCGGCGAAACGAGGCACUAGUGUAUAAUAUUUUACCUCCCCACGUAGCUGCGCAUUUUAUGGGAAACAGAAACAGAAAUCACGACGAACUAUACUCACAGAGUUAUGAAGAAGUUGGAGUUUUGUUUGCAUCAAUGCCUAAUUUUUCAGAUUUUUAUUCAGAAGAAACUGUAAAUAAUCAGGGUCUAGAAUGCCUAAGGUUCCUGAAUGAAGUGAUAUCUGAUUUCGAUGCGCUUUUAGAACUUCCACAGUACCAAGAUAUAAUAAAAAUCAAGACAAUCGGCUCGACCUACAUGGCUGCCAGUGGCCUAAAUCCUACCAGACAAAUUAAGCCUGACGAUCCUAUACAAGUUCGAUGGGCACACUUAGCCCUGUUAGUUGAAUUCGCCCUCGACCUAAAAAAGGCCCUACAAAGCAUCAACGAACAAUCAUUCAAUCAUUUCGUGUUAAAGUUAGGAAUAAACCACGGUCCAAUCACAGCAGGCGUUAUUGGAGCCCGUAAACCCCAUUAUGAUAUUUGGGGAAAUACGGUUAAUGUCGCUUCUAGAAUGGAAAGUACGGGAAAAGCUGGUUGCAUACAGGUAACAGAGGAAACUUGCCAGAUUCUCGAAGCUUUCAACUAUCAGUUCGAACAGCGCGGCCUAGUGGCAGUCAAGGGAAAAGGCCAACUAAUGACGUAUUACCUACUGGGUAAAACAGGUAAAAUCACGCCACCUACCGCUCCAAUCUCGCCCGUCAUGAUAACAAUGGACACUGUAAACGAAGAGGACGAAUCGCACGGCAGCCUAACCUCGAAAUCGGAAGAGAAAACAUCGGAGAAAACUGUAAUUGAAUGCUCGGACAAGGCGGACGAUGAAGUUUUUAUACUAGAAACGGAAAAUUCGGAAUUGCAGGAUAAGAAGGAGAUUGAAAUUAAGGAUUCGAACGAGGCUACUUUGUUGUUGAGUUCUUGUGAGGAUUGAAUCGUUGAGAGAUAUAGAGAAAAGUUAUUUUGUAAAGACUGAUUACUUUGUUAUUGUCUCAAUUAAGUUUUUAACGGCUCUAAUACUAUUAGUCCAAGCGCCGGGUGCAAAAACGCGCAAG